ACUACCCUCCCAUGGCCAAACUCGGAAAGCUUACGAAGCUCAAGUCCGCCAUCAAGCGCUGGCCCUCCUUCCCCAAGCUCGGCAGCGGAGGCGGCCGCUCCACCACAAGCGACAACCAACUUCAUCACAGCCGCUCCGCCGAUCAUAAUCAAGCAGAACAAUCGCUCCAUGCGGUCUACGUUGGGAAGUCGCGACGACGCUACCUCGUAAGCUCCGACGUCCUGGAGCACCCUGUUUUUCAGGAGCUGGUGGAUCGGUCGGCGUCGGAGUCGGAGGAAGACGGCGGUGCGGUGGUGGUUGCGUGUGAGGUGGUGCUGUUCGAGCACUUGCUGUGGAUGCUUGAAAACGCCGAGACGCAAAUGGGGUCCAUGCACGAGCUGGCUGAGCUCUACACCUGCGCAUGCUGAUUCACAUA